UCGACGGACGGAAGGACGGACGACAGCUGAGCCAGCCGAGGAGUCUGCCUGUCCUGUGCGCGUCCUGGGUUAGGACCGCUGAGGGGUGGUGCGUCAGGGUUGGCCGCACGGGCGUACGAGCAGGUCGGAGCCUGGGCGCCACGAUCGGCGGCAGCUAUGGGACGAACGUAGGCAACCAGCCGAGCUAGCUGCCCGCCAGCGCCGCAUUCGCAGUAAACUCUCAGUCUCCUGCGAACUGCCGUCCAAGUGAGCUGCUUUUCGCUCUUCUAGCUCUUUUCCCUCUUGUCCACCGGCCGCGAUGGACCCUCCGAGGACCUCCACCAGCAUGAAGAUUUUUCGGUACGUCCGGUAUGUGAUCUCGACGGUGAUAAUGCUGGGCGCUGCCCCAGAGUUCCUGCUCAUGUGGGGCAUCUGGAAAGGUCUUUCCAUCGUUCUGCCUGCCUGGAUUUACCAGAUCGGAGACGACAUCUGCUAUGGCACCUACCAGAAACUGGUCCUUUUCUUCUUUAAUCACUGCAACGGUGUCAAGGUUUACUUCUACGGAGACGCCCAGGAGGCAUUCAAGAAUAAAGAGACCGUGCUCUACUUGGGAAACCACCAGUCGACAGUGGACUGGAUUUUGACAAACAUGGUUGCGGUGGAGCAAGGUUCGAUCGGCCACUUGCGCUUUGUGAUGAAGCACGAGCUGCAGACGAUUCCUCUCUACGGCUUCUACUUCCACCAGCAUGGCUGCAUUUAUGUCAAAAGAGGCCACUUCCAGCCUGCUAAAAUGUUGCAGAGUCUCAGAUAUCUCAGAAAUCCCAAAAUUCCGUCAUGGGUGGUCAUCUUCCCGGAAGGCACUCGUUACAACCCAGACGACGGCAAGAGGAUAACCAAGUCGAGGGAAGUGGCUCGGGACAACAGCCUGGAGGUGCUUGACUACCACCUGACGCCGCGCAGCCGCGGCGCGUGGCUUGUCCUGAACACGAUGCGCGAGCGACUUGAGGCCAUCUACGACAUCACAGUCGGCUACUCGGGUAACGAGUGCGGCAAGGGCUCCUUUGACACCGACAGAAAUAAAGUGCCACAGCUGAAAGAUUUCCUGCUCGGACGGUGCAAUUCUGUGCACAUCCAUGUCAACCGCAUUCCUAUUAGCAGCGUGCCUGCCGACGAGGAGAAAUUCCAGCAGUGGGUCCAUCAAAUGUUCAUCAAAAAGGACAAGCUGAUGAAGCAGUUCUACAACAGCAGCGAACAAGAAGGCAGCGAAGCGCUGAGCUGGCCAAACAAGCAAAUGCAGCAAGUGGGAAUCUGGCACACGCUGCCCAGCUUCCUCUUCUUCUCGGCAGUGUCAGUGGCGAUGCUGUUCACCAAAAUCGGCCGCUCCAUUUACCUCAAUACCCUGGUCUACGGCACUCUCGGCGGCUACAUUUGGCUUUUUAUCUCGUCCGUUUGUUAGCAUCCGGAACUACUCUUUAAGAAUUUAACCUAAAAAUGACGCCACUGGCUGUAAUCUGAUUAUAUUUUGUACCGAAAUUCCCUUUCGUUUCGUUUACCACGCACAAAUCUCUGAUUAUUCGAGCACAAAAUUUUGUUUCUGCCGCACCAACCAGUGUCGGUGCUCAAUUACAUUCCUGUUAAUUUAUCACAUUGGCUAAAAACGUUGUUUUUUUCAACUAGUCCGCGCGCAAUUUACCGAAUUUUCCGUUAAGAAAAGUACAGCAAGACAGGGACGAACGAGAAUUCCAUGAUUUUGUAUUAGGUUUCUAGCUCUCUAAAGUUAUCAAGGACAAUUGUGCACCUAUUAAUAUAUUUUUGUUGAUUGAUAUUGUUUGGAACGUAAAUAAUAUCAGAGUCAUAGGUUUCAGUCCCACUGCCACAAGUGAACCAACCAACCACAUUAUGCUUUUUCCUGGUUACCCGCUAUGAUUUCCUAAAAUUAAUCAUACACCCUGGCAGAUUAUUGUCAUUAAAAGGUAAAAUAAUUAUGAUAUUAUAACUAUAAUGCAUAAAUAUUAAACGUGUGUCAUUUAUUCUUUUUAAUAAAUGCAAUAAACAUGCUAUUUGAAAA